AUGCACGUCCCGCGCCUCCUCUGCCUCGUCGCCGUCGCCCGCGGCGAGUUCGACACGCCCAUGCUCGGGUUCAACACGUGCAACGUCGGCUGCGGCAACGCGACGUUCCCCAACGCCGCCUGGCUGCUGCGCGCCGCGGACGUCCUCGUCGCCCGCGGCUUCGCGGCGGCGGGCUACACGAGCGUGAACCUCGACGAGGGCUGGGCCGACCUCGCGCGCGACGGCGACGGCAACCAGGUCGCGAACGAGGACCGCUUCCCCGGCGGCGUGCGGCCCGUCGCCGACGCGCUCCACGCCAGGGACCUCGAGCUCGGCAUCUACACGUCGCUCUCGCCGGAGACCUGCGGCGGCAAGUCCGCGGGCAGCUGCGGCCGCGAGGCCCGCGACGGCGCGGCCUACGUGGCCUGGGGCGUGGACUACGUCAAGGACGACGGCUGCGGCUCCUGCCACGACUACGACGCGGCCGACUGGGCUUUGGAGAGCUACCGGCGCAUGCAGGCCGCGCUCCGCGGCGCCGCGGCGGCCGCGGGCCGCGAAACGCCCGUCUUCUUCUCCACGGAGAGCGCGCCGAACGUCACGCGCAUGUCGGAGCGGCCGGACCUCUACGGCAACACGUGGCGGAGCGGCCACGACGCGAUCCCGACCUGGGGCUCCGUGCUCAGCCAGUACGACAUCGCGUCCGGCCUCGCGCGCCUCGCGCACAACGACAGCGGCCGCGGCGGCUUCUUCCUCGACUGCGACAUGCUCCAGGUCGGCCAGGGCGAGUUCGGCAAUAAUCGCGUCGAGGAGAUCCGGAGCCACGUGACGAUGCACGCGAUGCUCAAGUCGACGCUCCUCGUGUCGACGGAGGUCGACCGGCUGAGCGACGGCGUCGUCGCGCUGCUGACGAACCGCGAGCUGCUCGCCGUGCACCAGGACCCGCUCGGCGCCGCCGCGCGGCGCGCCGCGUCGGAGCCGCCCGCGCGGCCCCGCGCGGCCGUCCUGUCCUCGGGGAACCUCGAGACGUGGGUCGCGCCCCUCGCCGGCGGCCGCUACGCCGUCGCGCUCCUCAACCGGUCGCCCGCGGCGGAGGAGCUCACGGCGACGUGGCGCGCGCUCGGCCUCCGGGGCACGUACGCCGUCCGCGACGUCUGGGCGGGCCGCGACGCGGGCGACUUCGCGGGAUCCUACGCCGCGACCGUCCCGGGCAAGGGCGUCGCGCUCCUCGUGCUCGCGCCACGCCACUAG